GUUGUAUGUGGUAUUGAAACACCCCACUUAAAAUUGAACUAAAGCCCUGGAGAGCGUUCGAAACACUGACGUUGACUUGUGCAUUUGUACCUACAGUUGUACCUACAGCUCCAAUCACACAACAGCCUACAGCCUCAACUACGCAGCUACCUAUACUAAAUCUAACAACCUACAACGACGACUUUGCUCUCCAGUAUCCCUCUUCGUCGCCCGUAUUUUUUCUUCUCUAUUCCGGGUACCUGUACAUCGUCGGUCGGUGUUAUUCACAUACAUAUUGUAUCUUGGCGAUUAGUUUAAAUCCAAGACUUUGGUUUAUUGAGCAAUAUUCCCCAACUUCGUCACCAGUAGCUCUCCCACCUCUCUAGCUUUGGCGAUCACCCUAUCCUAACUUCUACCAAGCAAUACCUGUUAUAUUAUUCAGCUGAGGUAUAAUCCGACUAUUUAUUACAGCUCUCAACCGCCGCAAUGGCUCCGACUCCGGCGAAGUACGUUCUCCUAUCGCUACCUCUUAGCACCUUCGACACAGGCGACAAGGAAGAAGCUCUCGAAUCUGUCAAGGGAACUAUUACAUCCAAGAAUGGGACUGUCGUGCCAUUUCCCGUCCCCAACUUUAAGAUAGGAACUCUAGACGCAUUGGUUCAGCAAGCCGACGAUUUGGCGAAACUCAAUACUGGCUGUGAGGGGAUAGUUACCAAGGUCGGCGACUCCUUGCGCUCGCUGUACGAAGGCAAUGAAGAGAAGGCAUCCGAGCAAAAGAACGUUAACGACAAGCCAACGGAUCAGUAUCUACGCACCUUUAGUUGGAACAAAGUUCGUUACAGGGCCGACAAACCUGUUGGUGAACUCAUCGAUAUCCUGCAAAAGGAAUUGUCUACGAUCGACGGUGAUGUCAAGGGCAAGUUCAAUCAAUACAACCAAGUCAAGACAAAUCUUGCUUCCCUACAAAGAAAACAAACCGGCAAUCUCGCAACCAAGUCACUUACGCCGAUCGUCAACCCGUCCUUACUAGUACAAGAUUCCGAAUACCUCGAAACACACCUAGUGGCCGUCCCUACCAACCUUAAGAAGGAUUAUCUUAAGAGCUACGAAACUAUCGCGCCUAUGGUGGUUCCUCGGUCGUCUAUACAGGUUGCGCAAGAUGAAGAGUUCAUUCUGUUUGCCGUCACUACGUUUAAGAAGCAUGGUGCCGAAUUUCAACAGAAGUGCAGAGAACAGAAGUGGACGCCCCGUCAGUAUAAGUAUGUCGAGGGUGGCAGGGAAGAAGAGCAAAAAGAAUUAGAUCGCGUAACGCGAGAAGAGAAGAAGGUUUGGGGCGAGGCUUUGCGGUUGACCCGUACCGGAUGGAGCGAGAGCGUCAUGAUAUGGGCGCAUGUUAUGGCCCUCCGCGUCUUUGUAGAGUCCGUGCUGCGUUACGGCUUGCCAUUAGAAUUCGUGUCUGCCCUCGUUUUGACAAACACGAAACUAGCAAAAGAGGUGAAGUCGGCUCUGGACUCGUCUUACUCAUACCUAGGCGGAAACGCGUUCGGGAGAGAUAAGAGAGGGAGGAUCACAAAAGACGACGCAGCUUUAACGUCGGAGAUGGCGGCGGCGGGUCUAGGACACGGAGGUGAAGGAAACGAGUACACGGCUUACGUAUACUAUGAGUUCGAACUAUAAACAGCAUGCUACAGCUACAGCUAAUUUAUUAGGAUGGCGUUUCGCGGGCGGACAAAUGUCAUGGCUAGCAUCCCCUUGAAAUGGGGCUUCGGUUGUCAUAUCAAACAUGGAAUUAUCUGUGUACACUUCUUCGGAUACAAGUCUAUCCAGGAUUUCAUGUCUCGCCUCAUCUUGUCUCUACGUGUUAACCUAA